CACAUGAAGCACACAGAGACAUCCUGUAACUUCUGGGACAUAAGGAUCACGUUCAGCGUGUCCCAGCCCGCGUUUACCUCCAGAUCCUGGAAAGCGUGGUGUCCCCUAGCGAGCUUUGCAGCUGAGCUAGAAGGAAGCUUGGCGUUCUCUGUUGAAUAAUCACCUAGGGUUUUUAAAAGAAACUGUACGUUUUUGAAUGGUGCUGAAAAAUUCCUUCAUGCUUGUCUUGACAAACAGCUCCAGAUAGAAAAGGAAACACCGAACAGCCAGAAAUUCCAUGGAGUUGGACUAAAAUAAAGUUUUGGGAUGCCUCUAUUUGGAAUACAAUUUGGAAAGAAGAAGUUGAAAGAGCAAGAGAGACAACUUCAAGCAAACAAUCGGGACUUCAAUCUACAGUUUGAAUAUGCUUGCAAUUCAAUUAAAACAUCGAAAUACAACUUCUUCACUUUCCUGCCUCUCAACCUGUUUGAACAGUUUCAGCGAAUAGCCAAUGCUUACUUUCUUUUCUUGCUGAUUUUGCAGCUGAUUCCUCAGAUUUCCUCAUUGUCCUGGUUUACAACGGUGGUGCCCCUACUGCUGGUGCUGGCUAUAUCAGGCGCCAAGGAUGCCAUUGAUGAUUUCAAUCGACACAGAAGUGACAAACACGUCAACAACCGCCCAGUUCAGGUGCUGAUCAAUGGCAUGUUGAAGGAUGAAAAAUGGAUGAACGUCCAAGUAGGGGAUAUAAUAAAACUAGAAAACAACAACUUUGUGACGGCUGAUCUACUGUUAUUGUCAAGCAGUGAGCCGCAUAGCCUGACAUAUAUCGAGACUGCUGAACUGGAUGGUGAAACAAACCUCAAGGUGAAGCAGGCACUGACAGUCACUGCAGAACUUGGAGAAGAUCUUCAGAAACUGACAGAAUUUGAUGGUGAAGUCAAAUGUGAGGCACCAAAUAACAAACUAGAUAAGUUCACAGGAACUCUUACUCUUCGAGGAGAAAAGUAUGCCCUGGACAAUGAAAAGAUGCUGCUGAGGGGCUGUACUAUUAGGAACACAGAGUGGUGCUUUGGUCUCGUUAUUUAUGCUGGGCCAGAUACCAAACUGAUGCAGAACAGUGGAAAAACAACUUUUAAACGGACAAGCAUCGAUCGGCUCAUGAAUGUCCUUGUGUUAGUGAUCUUUGCGUUUUUAGCACUGAUGUGUCUUAUCCUAGCCAUUGGAAAUGGCAUCUGGGAGUACGAUAAGGGCUACUACUUCCAGGUCUAUCUGCCCUGGGCAGAGGAUGUCAGUUCUGCCUCCUACUCUGGCUUCCUCAUGUUCUGGUCGUACGUGAUCAUUCUAAACACGGUGGUCCCAAUUUCGCUCUAUGUCAGUGUAGAGAUUAUACGUUUGGGCAACAGCUUCUACAUUGACUGGGACCGUAAAAUGUAUUACCCAGUGAAUGACACACCGGCUCAGGCCCGUACCACCACACUUAAUGAAGAGCUGGGGCAAAUCAAGUACAUCUUCUCAGACAAAACAGGAACUCUCACUCAGAACAUCAUGUGUUUCAACAAGUGCUCCAUCAACGGCAAAUCCUAUGGUGAUGUGUAUGACCUGGCUGGCCAAAGGAUAGAAAUAAAUGAGAACACAGAGAAGGUUGAUUUCUCAUACAACCAGUUAGCCGACCCAAAGUUUGCCUUCUAUGACCACAGCCUGGUUGAAGCUGUGAAGCUGAGUGAUGUCCCAACGCAUAGGUUCUUCCGGCUGCUCUCACUCUGUCACACAGUAAUGCCAGAAGAGAAGAAGGAAGGUAACUUGGUGUAUCAGGCCCAAUCUCCUGAUGAGGGAGCCCUCGUCACUGCUGCCAGAAACUUUGGAUUUGUUUUUCGGGCUCGCACACCGGAGACCAUCACUGUUGUGGAAAUGGGAGAAACAAAAAUCUACAAGCUGCUGGCUAUUCUUGAUUUCAACAAUGUGCGCAAGCGAAUGUCUGUUAUUGUGCGGAGUCCAGAAGGUGACUUGACUUUGUACUGCAAGGGGGCUGACACCAUUCUUUAUGACCUGCUUCAUUCAUCCUGUGAGUCUCUCAAAGAAGAGACAACAGAACACCUGAAUGAGUUUGCUGGUGAAGGUUUGAGGACGCUCGUUGUGGCCUAUAAAAACUUGGACGAAGAAUACUUUGAGGACUGGAUCAGGCGUCAACAUGUAGCAAGCACUGCCUUGGAAGGAAGGGAAGAUAAAUUGUCGGAGUUGUAUGAAGAGAUUGAAAAAGAUUUAAUGCUGCUAGGUGCCACAGCGAUUGAGGACAAGUUACAAGAUGGAGUCCCACAGACGAUUGAGACUCUUGCUAAAGCCAGCAUUAAGAUAUGGGUUCUGACCGGAGACAAACAAGAAACUGCAGUGAAUAUUGGUUACUCCUGCAACUUGCUGAAUGAUGACAUGGCGGAUGUUUUUAUUAUUGAAGGCAGCACAUCUGACGACGUACUUAAUGAACUCAGGAAUGCAAGGGAAAAGAUGAAGCCAGACUCCUUUCUGGAUAGUGACGAAGUUAACAUUCAGUUUGCAAAAUCUUCCAAAAAAGCAAAAGUUCUACCUGACGAACAAGCAAAUGGGGUGUACGGUCUUGUUAUCAAUGGCCAUAGCCUGGCCUAUGCACUGGAAGAGAAUCUGGAGCUGGAGCUGGUGAGAACAGCCUGCAUGUGCAAAGUGGUGAUCUGCUGCCGGGUGACUCCACUGCAGAAGGCCCAGGUGGUAGAGCUGGUGAAGAAGUACAAGAAGGCAGUGACUCUGGCAAUUGGAGAUGGGGCUAAUGAUGUCAGCAUGAUCAAAACUGCGCACAUUGGGGUUGGUAUCAGUGGCCAGGAGGGGAUGCAGGCGGUCUUGUCCAGUGACUUCUCCUUUGCACAGUUCCGUUAUCUCCAGCGCCUGCUCUUAGUCCAUGGCCGGUGGUCCUAUAUCCGCAUGUGCAAGUUCCUCAAAUACUUCUUCUAUAAGAAUUUUGCCUUCACAUUAGUGCAUUUUUGGUAUGGAUUCUUCUCUGGCUUCUCAGCACAGACUGUAUAUGAUGAGUGGUUCAUUACGCUUUACAAUUUGGUAUAUACCUCCCUCCCGGUGCUAGGAAUGAGCCUCUUUGAUCAGGAUGUGGAUGAUCGCUGGAGUAUGCUGUUUCCUCAGCUCUAUGUGCCUGGCCAGCAAAACCUCUAUUUUAAUAAAAUAGUGUUUGUCAACUGCAUGUUGCAUGGGAUCUACAGUUCCCUCAUUCUCUUCUUCAUCCCCUAUGGGGCCAUGUACAACACAAUGAGAAGCGAUGGGAAAGCCAUUGCUGACUACCAGUCCUUCGCGCUGAUGGCCCAGACCUGCCUACUGAUAGUGGUGUCUGUACAGAUUGGCUUGGACACGGCUUACUGGACAGUUGUGAACCAGUUCUUCAUCUGGGGCAGCCUUUCUGUUUACUUUGCUAUCACCUUCACCAUGUAUAGUGAUGGCAUGUACCUGAUCUUCACAGCCGCAUUCCCAUUCAUUGGUACGGCUCCAAACACCCUCAGUCAACCAAAUGUGUGGCUAGCAAUCUUCCUCAGCAUUGCCCUCUGUGUGCUGCCUGUAGUUGGCUAUCGAUUCCUGAAGACUCAGUUAAAGCCAACUGCCAGUGAUAAAGUCCUACGCAAGAUCAAAGAAGCCAAAAAGAGGCCACCUCCACCCUCACCCAAGAGGCGUCUGCGUCGGACCAGUACCCGCCGCUCCGGCUAUGCCUUCUCCCAUCAACACGGUUUCGGAGCGCUCAUUAUGUCUGGGAGAAACAUGCGGCCAAAAUCACCUUUUGCUACAACAGGAACGUUCUCACCCAAUAGUGAAAAAAACAAACACAAGGGACUUUAAAAAAAAAGAGAAAACUUAAAGGGCUGUCAGGAAAGGAAGCUGUGCUCCUUGCAAAGCACUGAGCCAGUGGCUGCUCAGAGGUCUGUCCUGUGAGCUACCAAAACAAGGACUUGGACCUUUCUUUUUACCCACAGGCAGUCUCCGACUGCAGCUUCUGUUCCAAAGAGAUAUGCUGCUCCUAGGGAAGUAAGGGAAGAGUAGGGAGAGCAGAUGAAUUAAAGCUGUUGUUUUGUAUUCCAGAGGGCCUCCCUGGAACAAGAGAGAGAACAUGCUGUGGGAGGCUCCUUCACUUACUGAGAUUGUUUAUGAUGCCAUUUUUUUCUCCCUUUAACUACAUACCUCAGAACAAAGUGAAGUCCAAGCUGAGGAAGAGACAGAAUUGGUGAUGCCUUUUUCAUUCACAUGCCUGCCUUUGUUUCUGUCAUGAAUCUGUUCUGGGCCAUGUUCCUGGGCUGACAGUAUUGACCCCAGGUGUGCCUUAGCUCCAGCUAUACAACCCCCAAGUCCCCAAUCUUUGUAAUAUGUGUAAUUUUGUAGCUUUUUGACUAUAAUGUACACCACCACUUCAGAAAGCAUGAGUUGCAAAUAACCUCCUUCCAGACUAAUGGUUUCUCAGAAGAUGGCCAGUGCCACAAGCAAAACUCUCUUCCUGCAUUUGCAGCGUGGAGGUGCUGCAAGCUCAGAAAAAUGUCUAGUUGGUCAAGAGACAAGGACUUGACAUUCAUCAGACAGCCCUGUAUCUGCAACCCAAAUCUGCUCUGUGGUAAAUGAUCGUUGUUCUCAGAGCCGUCUCAGGUGUUGUAGCUGGGCAUCAGCCAUUUCUUUUAGACUUAAAAUAGAAGGGCAAAAGAAUUUCAGGCUCCCGUAUAGAUCAGGCCAUAAAAUCUAGCACUGAGGAGGCCAAUACCUCAGCUAGGACUCAGCUGGGAGUCUCCAACACCGGGUGGCUUUUCUCACCCUAACAGACUGAGAAAAAUUCUGUCUUCCGAGACACAUGCACAUCUGACUUGAUGGAAAUUAUACAAGAAAUAGCAGAGGGACAGAUGCUAUUUCACUGCUAGUGCAGGGUGUCCUGCCCUUUACUGUGCUGGUGCUGUUUGUCAGUGCAACAGAUGAAGCGUGAUCUGGUUGCUCUUUCACCCUCCCCUGAUGGUCAAGUUUCAGAGGAACUUAGUGAGGGCUCAGGGGCCUCUGCAGAGUUUCGCUGUGGUGGCUGGUAUUUUAUUCAGAAAGGUUCAUAUGUCAGUCAUCACUUCCAGAGAGCAGAAGGCUCCACCAAAUCCUAUCAGUCUGAGUGCCAGCAGAGGGACCGAAAAUGCACAAACACAGCCAAAGACAUGAUGAUAUUGAGAAACUGGGACUUGCUCGCUGGUUUGUUACACAGUGCUAUAAAACUAGCAUCAGUAGAUUAUUAGGUGGAAAGCCAGAAUGAGAAUCUGUCCUGCCAGUGCGGCUGAGCUGUCGAAAUGGAGCCUUUUUUGUGAAGCCUUUGCUGUUAUAUUUUCUCGGCUUCUUUACGGAAGUUUAGACUUUCCUUCUUUUGAAUCAGGAUUUUUGCACACUAAUCAUCUGAUAUUUAUUGAGUUCUCUGCCUUGAGCCUCUGAGCUAUCGGUAGAGGCAAUGUGUCUUGGCAACAGGCCAGCCGUGUCCCUACUUCAUCUGGUCUGCGUAUAACACCUUACUGCCUGAGGUCCUAGUUUCAGCAGUUACUUUAUUUAUAUAUAUAUAUAUAUAUUUUAAGCUGUAAUAAAAGGUUUCAUCUGCCUGGAUUUAACUCAGCACAAAAAAAGCGGUCUGUUGCACCUGCUGCUUUGAGAGGCUUGUUGCAAACUCUAGUAUUAAAUUUCAGUAUAGCCAGUGCAAAUUAGACCUGGGCCUGGAUCCAGAUUUCAGCAGCCUGGAGCUGCUUGUUAGAGAAGGAGCAAUUUCUAAUCCAGUGAUCUUCCCUGCAAGGAGAUGUCUAAAUAAAGGGAGCACCUGUACCCUGACUGAGAAAACUCUGCUGUGAUAGUUACUACUCUUCACCUCCCUCUGAUUUGCCAGUCACUUUGCAGAGACAAUCAUGGCUUUCUGGUUAGGAUAAUGCCUUUCACAAUCAGCCUCCCUGGGGCUAGAGGAAAAAACAGGAUUUAUGCAGGUGAGCAGCUAUCCCCACAAUAGCCAGGUUGGCCUGUGGACUGACAGGCCUGUCAAAGCUGUUGCAAGUAUGUAAAGCAGUGGACUAUAAUGCUGAGCAGUAGAGGCCGACCUUUUCCUAACAGAGCAAGGAAACUCUGAGACUGUGUCACUCUUCUCACAUGGUUUACAUGCAAGGCACUCCGCUUGCCUUGUGGCUGAAGGGGACUUGCAAAUGCUGCAUAGGACGUGUUGGUGAACUUGCUCCAGCUACGACUAUUUCAAUAGCUUGACAAGAUCAACCUUUGAAACAUAUCAACUGGCAGUGAUGUUCAAACUACAUCACUCCUGAUUUUUUUGUAAAAUUAUUUUUUAAAAUAAAAAGAGAUCAUUAGGAUGACUGA